GUGACGUCGCGCGGGGAGGCGAAUUUCCCCUCGUUUUAUUUAUUUAUUUGUCUUUUUAUUUUUUUUAUUUCGCCUUUAAAUAUUCGGCUCAGGGCUCGAAAUGGGUUUUUCAGCGACGGCUUCAGUUCUCACAUGAGGAGGAGAAGAAAGAGCGCGGACGGCCAUUAUUUUUAUCAUUAUUAUUAUUAUCAUUACCGCCCCCACAUCCAUCCAGCCUAACCCAGCCAAGCCCAGCCUAACCCGGUCCAGUACCAUGAUGACAGGCGUGUGAAGUUCCCCAGCUGCCCAUCUCUCCCUCCGUCUCUCUAUCCGCCGCGGUCUCGAGACUCCAUAAAGAACAAUGCCUGAGCAGAGCAACGAUUACCGGGUGGUGGUGUUUGGGGCCGGAGGAGUCGGGAAGAGUUCCCUGGUUCUGCGGUUUGUGAAGGGAACCUUCCGGGAGAGCUACAUCCCCACCAUCGAGGACACCUACAGGCAGGUAAUCAGUUGCGACAAGAGCAUCUGCACACUGCAGAUCACCGACACCACGGGCAGCCACCAGUUCCCUGCCAUGCAGCGUCUGUCCAUUUCCAAGGGACACGCCUUCAUCUUGGUCUACUCCAUCACCAGCAAGCAGUCCCUGGAGGAGCUGAAGCCCAUAUUCGAGCAGAUCUGUCAGAUCAAAGGCGAUGUAGAGAGCAUCCCAAUCAUGCUGGUAGGCAACAAGAAUGACGAGACCAGCGGCCGCGAGGUGGAAAGCAGCGACGGCGAGGCGCUGUCCAAGAGGUGGAAGUGCGCCUUCAUGGAGACGUCCGCCAAGACAAACCACAACGUGAAGGAGCUCUUUCAGGAGCUGCUCAACUUAGAGAAGCGCAGGACUGUCAGCCUCCAGAUUGACGGCAAAAAGAACAAGCAACAGAAACGAGCCGAGAAGCUCAAGGGCAAGUGUGUAGUUAUGUAAAGAGAAGAAACCUGGUGUCUGCACUCUGGGUUCAGCCAGAAUCCAAGAACGAACAGAUUUUCAUGACCAGUCAUGAGCAGUUCUGGCUAACAUUGUUUACACGAAAAGAGGGACGCAUGCUAAACCAUGACACAUUUCCCUGGACUGGUGAUGCAGCGAGUGAAAGGAUGGUUGGCUAUUAAGCCGGACCUCACCAACACUCCAAACACUCACUCACACAUUAGCAACAACAGUUUACAGAGAAAACCCUGGGGAACAUUCUCAGCUUCAGUCACUUUCCACUAAGUGAUGCUUCAAAAGACAUGAUAACCCAUGCUCAUCAGUGGGUGGAUUCAGUUUUACCCACUGAUGCAAGUUUGCACCAGACCUUAGCACCCAACAGCAGUACUUAGUGCUUGGCAACUUCUCUCAUUCUCCAAAGACUGCACAGUUCAAUUCCAGGUAACUUAAAAAAGGUCCAUUGAUUGACACCACUAACCACCAACUGUGAAUAUGAAGGAAUAAUAUAAGCUAGUCACAGUGUGAGAAAGAUCAUUUUGACACAUUCAAAGAGGACUGUCAGAAAUGUUGCCCUCAAGAUCAGUGCCACAAAAAGCAAUAUGUGUGCAUGUUGCUCCAGUCCAGCAUCACACUAUAGAAGAUAGAGUACUACUGAUGUAAUAUGAUAUUAAAAUCAGCUGCAUGGUGGAAAUAAAAAUGCUAAACAGCUGAAAAGUAAUGCAGAGACAGACAAUUGCGUUGAUAUUCCAUAUACAGCUAAUACAGUUCUUAUAGUACUGUACUGUAACACAAUAUUCUGCUUUUAUUGGCUUUACUUACAGAAAGUCAUUUAACUCAAAAAAAGAAGAAACAGAUCAUAAUAUCUAAUAUUUUAUUAUUAUGCUCUAAGCUAUGACAUUCCAAACCUUUGCCUGUGAAGUAAGUAAAUAAAUACUUAAGAUAAACAAUAUAUUUAUUGCUGUAAAGUAAUUAUUUAGUAUUCUGAUAGCUUAUUUAGAGAGUAACUAGUUUUAACAACUAACUGUCCAAAUAUAUAUAAGGUUGCGUUCACACAGCAAGUUAAAGUGGCCCAAAUCCGGGGGUCAUUAUCUUUUGCAGAAUUAAAAUCCGAUAUAUACUUAAUACUCAAAAAUGUGACUCAGUCUAAACAACCAUAUUAGAAUUCAUGCAAAUUUUACGUCAGUGAAUCUCAACAUUAGAUAACGAGAAGAGAAAAUGAACAACAGCAGUGAGGGAGGGUCUUAGUGGUGACAUAGUGAGGUAGCAAAAAUAAUAUAUAUGUAAGGGGGAUGUUUCUGCUAAAUUAGACAAAUUAAACAGCUUCUACGGCAUUAAUCUUUUAUUUAUUAGAAGUUUUUAAAGAAAUAGCUAAACACGGACUCAGAAGGAGGACAUGGCUAUAAUGUCAAAGGAAAAUAAAAAUCUUAACUAAGAAACCAAAGGAUGCGUGGUCAAAUAACAAAACACAUUCUCAGUUUUAAGCCCAGCUCCUGUGUCCUGUGAUGCUGAACAAAACGAAACCAAAACUUCACAUGAAGCUCUGUGGUUUUGUGUGUUAUUUUGAUUGGUCAAAUUAAAAAGAUGGAUAACAAAGGUAACAGCCUAACAAAACAUUGGAUUUUGUAGGAAAAUCAGAUUUAGGUGACUUUACCUGCUGUAUGAACAUAGCCUAACUAUCCUAUUAACCUUCAUGGAUUCUUAUACACACACGACAAUUAUUAGAAUUUAUUUUCUGUAUUUAUUUAUUUAUUUAUUUAUUAUUAUUCAGAAAGUGUCCUUUUUGCAAGUGGAGCAUGAUGGUAAUCUUGGACAUAGUUUGAAUGGAUGGAACCUAUAGACCUAGGAAGUAUUUAGUGGCAGGAUUGCGUGAUUGUAGCAGCUUCAAAUACUAGCUUCAAAUAAUAGCUGCUCAAAGCUAACACACACAAAAAGCUCUGUAAUUUUCCUACACCAUACUUAACAAGCAACCCAGUAUGUUUUCCAUAUACCCAAGUCAAAUAUCAACCAAGUACAACCUUUUGACUGGAAUUACUAUUAUGUGUAUAUUUUAGCAUGAUGGGUCUUGUAAUUAUAAUGGUAGAAUCUGGCUUUUCCAGCUAGCCUAUAUUGCUGCUUUGGCUGUCUUUCUCUACAUCGGUACUGUACUGCUCACAGUAUGACAGUAAAAAAGCUAUCUAUCUGUUAUUAAGUGCUGUUUUGUCACAGGAAUGUCACUAAUAUGGAUGUAAUCAGAAGAAGUAAAAGAAUGCCGAAUAGACCUCUCCAUAGUGAAAGUGCUGUAGACAACCAGACAACUAUUUCCAAAAAAAAUGUCUUUAGCUGUUGGCACAGCAGCUGUGCCGGUAAGAGUUGGUGGCGUUUAUUACUUUGGCGGGGGGAUGUGCUUAGAUUCAGUGCUGAAGUUACUCAAGCCUGUUUGUUAUGCCAGAAUUGUAAAACAAAUGUAAUACUGUUUUAAUGAAAUGCCUGUAAAACAUGUGUGCCUAAAAGUUUAUAUAUUAUUGUAUAUAUUCUACAAGUCACAAAAAUAAAGAAAGUUCUGCAUUUCCUGAA